AUGUUCAAGAACGCUACAAAGACAAAGCCUUAUGCUAAUAUGCUAAAGGACCCAUCAACUAAAUAUAAACCAUUCCCACAAGUCAAAUUACCAAAUAGACAAUGGCCAAAUAACACCAUAAAGAAGGCUCCAAGAUGGUUAACUACUGAUUUAAGAGAUGGUAAUCAAUCAUUACCUGAUCCAAUGAGUGUGGAACAGAAGAAGGAAUAUUUCCAUAAAUUAAUUGAUUUAGGUUUUAAAGAAAUUGAAGUUUCAUUCCCUUCUGCCUCUCAAACGGAUUUUGAUUUUACAAGAUAUGCUGUGGAAAAUGCUCCAGAUGAUGUUAAAAUUCAAGUUUUAGUCCAAUCAAGAGAACAUUUAAUUAGAAGAACUGUGGAAUCAGUUACUGGUGCUAAAAAUGCCACCAUUCAUGUUUAUCUUGCAACUUCGGAUUUAUUUAGAGAUGUUGUUUUCAAUAUGUCUCAACAAGAAGCUGUGGAAAAAGCCGUAGAGGCUACUAAAUUAGUUCGUUCAUUAACUAAAGAUGAUCCAAAUCAACAAGCUACCAACUGGAGUUAUCAAUUUUCUCCAGAAUGUUUUAGUGAUACUCCUUCAGAAUUUGCCGUUGAAAUUUGUGAAGCUGUCAAAGCUGCUUGGGAACCAAGUGUUGAAAAUCCAAUAAUUUUCAACUUACCAGCUACUGUUGAAGUUGCCACUCCAAAUAUCUAUGCUGAUCAAAUUGAAUAUUUUGCUACUCAUAUUUCAGAACGUGAAAAAGUUUGUAUCUCAACACAUUGUCAUAAUGAUCGUGGUUGUGGUGUUGCAGCUUCAGAAAUGGGGGUUUUAGCUGGUGCUGAUCGUGUUGAAGGUUGUUUAUUUGGUAAUGGUGAAAGAACUGGUAAUGUUGAUUUAGUUACUGUUGCAUUGAAUUUAUACACUCAAGGUGUUUCUCCAGAAUUAGAUUUCUCUGAUUUAGAAUCAGUUAUUGAAAUUGUGGAAAAAUGUAACAAGAUUCAAGUUCCAGCUCGUGCUCCAUAUGGUGGUGAAUUAGUUGUUUGUGCUUUUAGUGGUUCUCAUCAAGACGCUAUCAAGAAAGGUUUUGAAGUUCAAAAGAAGAGAAAUGCUGAAGGUGAUUAUCAAUGGAAAAUCCCAUACUUGCCAUUAGAUCCAAAAGAUAUCGGUAGAGAUUAUGAAGCUGUCAUUAGAGUGAAUUCACAAUCUGGUAAAGGUGGUGCUGCUUGGGUUGUCCUAAGAUCUUUAGGUUUAGAUUUACCAAGACAAUUACAAAUUUCAUUCUCAACUUUUGUUCAAUCUGAAGCUGAUAAAGUUGGUCGUGAAUUAAAAUCAGAAGAAAUUAUCACUCUUUUCAAACAACAAUAUAACUUCAACAAUGAUGGUGCUAUCAAAUUAGCUGAUUAUGAUAUUGUUCGUGAUCCAGAAAACAAGGACAACAGAUUCUUCAUUGGUGAAAUUUCAGUUAAUGGUGAACCUGUUAGCAUAAAAGGUGUUGGUAAUGGUCCAAUUUCUUCAUUUGUUGAUGCUAUGUCCAACUUCAUUAAUGUUCGUUUAGAAGUUGUCAACUAUAGUGAACAUUCUUUAGGUUCUGGUUCACAAACUCAAGCCGCAACCUAUAUCCAAUUAGGUUACAUGAAUGAUGAAAAUGUUAAAACUUCUAAAUGGGGUAUUGGUGUUCAUGAAGAUGUUUCAAAUGCUGCCUUUACUUCUGUUUUAAGUACUGUUAACUCACUAGUUACUAAAGGUGACUUUGAAUUACCAGAAAUUGAUGCUCAAUCAGCUCCUGCUGGUAAAUGA